GCAUGGGGGCCGCGGCGGAGGCGGCCCUGCUGUGCACCACGGUUGUGCGCGAAAUUAUCCUUUGCCUGUCGGUGGAAGACCUCUUCAACUUCGCGCGAUACGAUCCGCUUUGGGAAGAGCUCGCCUUAACACUGCUCAGCAAGAGGCUUCGGUUUUUCCUCCUGUGCGAGGACAAAAUUGAAUCUCCAUUUGUGAGCAAGGAGCUGACGGAGGAACUACGUUUUCGUCUACGCGUUGCGGAGCGAGCAUCUCGCAGGCCGGCGCUGGGGAUAGCCUUCUGCUCAGGCAAACGAUAUGACGUCAGCGCCCUUAGUUCCUGUUUUCCGCCUGAAGUGAGCGUCGUGCGCAUCGAUGUGCGAAGUCCGAUUUGGGUUCAGCACGCACACGAGGAGUGUCGAGCAGGCUGCCUGGGCGUUCUCGUGCUAUUCGAUGUGCCCGGUGCCAUAUUCGAGUGCGAGUGGUCGCCGUUCGUGGCCUGCAGGCAACCGGCUGCUAAGGCUGCUCUAUUCAACCGCUUGAGGCGAACACUGCGACCCGACUGCCUCAAGCCGGUGUACCAGCACCCGACCGAGGAUUCCCCAGCCCGCUUCGCUCUUUACGCCACGAGCGCCUUCUCGAAGACGGUGUUCAAGAACUCGCAGCGGAUGGACCGCAUGGCCAGCUGCGUCAUGUGGACAUCGUGCCUCCGGGUGCUCAGUCCUCCCUCCCGAAGCCGCUUCCUUCCUCACGCCUACUGGGGCGCCAUGAUCUUCGGCGAUAAAGUUCGGGCGACCACCGUCAAAUUCAGGGAGCGGACGUCGCUGCUCCAAAUGUUCGAGCACCUGGAAGAAGUUCGCUGCGAGUUCGGCACCCUCCAGAACGCCCUGGUUCUGGUGAUGCAAGAAAACGACCUUGACACGUCCGUGAUGCAAGCGGUGUGCAGCGUCUUCACCGGUGCGGCCGCUAUUGUGGGAACUUCGUGUGGCCUAAGCCUCGACGAGAACAUGUUCGUCGCUACCGAACCGAGCGAAGAAUCAGAAACUUCGGAAAAACUUACAAGUACUCUCGUUGUGGCCCUGCUGGAUACCGCAUAGACGUAGAUUAUUUUUGUCUUUGUCACCAUGACCAUUGGUAUGGCCAAAUUAGGCGACGUCCGCCGAGACGCCAAUAAAUUAACGCGGCUAGCGGUCCCCCAUGCGAUGAACAAGCCUCCUAUGCGCUGCCAUAACUCGGACCUUGUCUUCGAAAUUGUAGAUUCUCAAAUC